AUGCAGUGUGCGCACAGAGCAGGGAUUCAGAGGGGUGGCAGGUUCGUGCGCAGGUCUGGUUCACGAGCUGCCUCUUUUGUGGUUUCGCCAGGUGAAAGCCUGAGCCCGAGCCGCGGGGCGACCAAGAGGAAGAAGAAACAGAGGAGGAACCGCACCACGUUCAACAGCAGCCAGCUCCAGGCUCUGGAGAGAGUCUUUGAGCGAACACACUACCCCGAUGCCUUUGUGCGAGAGGAGCUGGCGAGGAGGGUGAACCUCAGCGAGGCAAGAGUCCAGGUCUGGUUUCAGAACCGGAGGGCCAAGUUUCGCCGUAAUGAGAGGGCGAUGUUGGCCAAUAGAUCAGCAUCGCUCCUCAAAUCCUACAGCCAAGAAGCAGCCAUUGAACAGCCCAUGGCCCCACGACCCACCACAUUGACCCCAGAAUAUCUUUCCUGGACCAGCACCUCUCCGUACAGCACUGUGCCAUCCUACAGCUCAAGUGGGACCGCAACGCCCACCCAAGGGGUCAAUAUGGCCAACAGCAUUGCCAGCCUACGCCUCAAAGCCAAAGAGUUCAGCCUGCAUCAGAACCAGGUGCCGACUGUGAACUGACUGGGGCAAAACACCUCUGGUGCCCUCAUCCAAGAUACCAGUGUGGAGCUCCUGUGCUGGUCUAGGACGAACCCAGCGCCCGCCCAACCCAAGUGCCACUCAUCCAAUGUCUCAGCACCUCUCCUCUCCUCUUCCCUUUUGAAGGUAGAGUCAGUCCCAGUCCAAAGUGGCACAUCAUUAUAGCCACAUAUGGAACAAACUUGGUUAGAAACUUGCUUUUCCGCACAUCCUUAUAAUGAAGGCUAUAUAUACACACAAAUACCCCCCACGCUCUUCAAGGAUAAACAGACUUGCCAAGUUAACAAGAAUUUGCUUCCAAACAUGGAAGGAUCUUGGACUAUUGGUUUUGACCAAUUUGGGUAUCCUGCCCAGAGAGCCAAAGAGUUAUUGGGUCUUCUCCUCCCGCAGGGACAGCAUUCAGUGGUGGGAGGAUCAUGACACUGCAUGAGACUGUUGUAUAGAGCCCCCUUUCCUCUGGGCUGUCGCUGCACUGCGACUGUUCAGCAAUCUCACUUGCAUUACUCAAUAGGGUGGCCAAAGCCGACCUGCGCAUUCGCUUAUUUGUACAUCACCCUGCAGUAUACGUCCCUGGCUGUCCCCCCGCACCGCGCUGCCUACGUUUAGGAGCUGCCUGUGUCAGCACAGAUUGAUGCCAUCGGGCUUUACCUGUUCCCCGAGAGGAGAGGAUGGCUGGAGCAUCUCAGAAGACUCACUCCAAGCCUGUGAGCUCUCCUGCUAGCUGGGGGGGCACGAUAGCCCUCCAAACAAUCCCUGUUGCUCUGCGUCGAUGAAUUUGCCAGCGAUUCUG